GCCAUUGAAGCAAAUGGCAUGACUGCUGCUUCCACCACAAGUGCCCCAUCUGCUGAUGCCUCCUCCCAGGGCAGCCAACCGCCCACUAAGACUACGGGUGCCCCGUCCCCCACUCAAACCUUGACCUCCACCAAAGCUGACAUCUCACCCUCCACUGGCACUGGCAUCCUGCCUGCUCCUUCAACUUCCACCAACACCUUGUCUGGUGCCAGCACGCUGCCCCCCCCCACCUCUGGUACACCAGACAGUGUCAACGCCCCAUCCUCCACUGAUGCUGGAACCUCACCUGGCACCGGCACCUUACCCCCUGCUGGUGCCCCAUCCCACACUAAUGCAAGCACUCUGCCCCCUGCCAGCACUCUGCCCCCAGCUGACACUGGCACCCGACCUGCUAAAGCUAGUGCUGCCUCUGAGGACACGGCGGUGGUGGUCAGCACCACCACUGGCUCUGCAGACUCCCUCACCGUUGGUGCACCCACGACUGCCCCUGUUGACCAUGCCCUCAGUGUCGCAGCCACUCGCAGCUCCGUGGCCACCCCAGAUGCUCACGCGGCUGUUACCCCAAGCUCUACCAUUGUCGCUGACGUCCCCAGCUCUGCACACACUGGUCCGGCAGCCAUGUCUCCAUCUCAGAAGCCCCAAACACCAGAAACCACUACAGGAAGCAGCUUAGGUGUUAAUACAGACAAGGAACAUACCACCCGGAAACAGCCAGUGAAACCUGCGGCAGCUACGGAAAGUGCUACCAAACCUAGCGAAGCUGCAGUUGCAACCACACAGCAAGCUGGUGUUGUAUCACAGCCACCAGCCUCAAGCUCUGGAACUGUGAUCUCCAUUACAGCCCGCACAUCACCGAGCCACUACACUCCAGCUCCUGGCAGGGAAUCCAAGCCCAGUGAUUCUCCACCCCAAAAUAAGAUCCUUUGUGAGGACCAGAAUCUGUCCAGUGACUCUGCAAUCAUUCUAACCCUGAAGGAGCCUAUACACUGUGGCAGUCCUGUGGAUCCCUCCCUGCACAACAUGCUCUGCAAAGCCGUGAAGGCUACGUUCAGCCGGAGCCGAGACAUCUGCACCGUGCACCUGGCCGCCGCUGGGAACCUUCCCAAUAGGAUUGCUGUGCUCGGUGUUUCUGUGCAAACCAAUGCCGCGCCCAAGGAGCUCUUUGAACUGCUGGGGACGAAAAAGGGAGAGCUCCAGCAGCUUGGCAUUGGCAACGUCACCUAUGCUGACAAGCAGAUAGAGGAGGAGAACGAGGACCGGUUCAGCACGCCCUUGAUCAUUACCAUCGUGUGUAUGGCCUGCUCCCUGCUCCUCGUCGCCGCCAUCUACGGCUGCUGCCACCAGCGGGUCGCCCGUAGGAAGGAUCAGCAACGCCUGACAGAAGAGCUACAGACCAUGGAGAAUGGCUACCAUGACAACCCGACCCUGGAGGUAAUGGAGACCUCCUCAGAGAUGCAGGAGAAGAAGGUGAACCUGAACGGGGAGCUGGGAGACAGCUGGAUAGUCCCCAUGGACAACCUCACAAAAGAGGAGCUGGAGGGAGAGGAGGACACGCAUUUAUAAGUGACAUGAAACUCUACCAGCAAAACAAAACAAUACAACCCCAAAACGAUCAGAGCCACAAGUGCUGUCGCUUGGAGCAUCCUGUGGAGCAAGGAGACACCCAGGUGCCUGAAUGCCCCCUUGAGGCAGGAGACCAUGACUGGCGUUUGCUCUGGCCGAAACGUUGUUCAAUCAAAACUUAUUCACUGUCCAGACUAGGUUGUAUUUUUGCUUCUGUAGUGGGAGAGUGCCUGUAUUUAAGCCUUGACUAGAGACAAGAAAGUUCAGCUUCUGGCCAUUGUAAAAGGAUAAGAGCUUGAAGGCCUCUUGCAGGGCUUCUCAGCCUUUUCCAUAUAGGGACCCCUUCCGUCUAGCUGGGAUCUAGCACUAUGGGAAGGGCAGAGUGGUCAUGACACCCCCCCCAGCCCCGGGCUGAGAACCCUGGAUUCAGAAGGAUCAGAAGCCUCUGGUGCCUAACGGGGUACCUCAGAAACUGCGUUAGCAUCACAGCGGAUUUGCCUUAGUGAAGCGUGCGGCUCAGGGUAGAAGGGCUGGAGGCAAAGGGCUAGCGAUCUACUGUCAUAGGCUUUUCUCAGCUCUUCACUCUGCUGUCAUGUGCAUCACCUACUGCCAGUGCCCAGUACAUUGUGAGGCUCUGCAUUCUGUUUCGUUUUUUCCCAUCACUGCUCACCAGGAGAAUGAGGAUCUUUCCCCCAUGUAACCUCCAUUGUCACCUGCAUUUCCAUAGUCAAACCUCCAGGUUCUGCUCCAAUCAAAUGAUGGGACAGUGGUGAGAGCCCAGGGUAGGGGAUUUGGGGUCCAUUCUGUGUGACCUCAAAGAAGUCACUUCGGUGCUCUGUGCUUUUGUUUUCUCCAUUUGUUAUGUGUAGAAAAGCUUUAUAGAAGUGUCAGUUAUUAAGCCACAGGAGAGAAGGGAAAGAACAGCAACUGCCCUCAUCCCAAGCCACAUGAUUGCCUGGUCAUUUGCAAAGUCUCCCUGGAAUCACUAUGGAAAAUGCUUUGCAUUCAAAGCUUCCCCUGACAACCACCAGUGAUCACUCCUGGGUCCUUAAUACUCCCUCUGUCCUACAUGGACCUUCCUGGCCUGCAGUGCGAAUUCCACUGACUGACACCAGGGUCCUGUUGAGGAUACACCCUUCCUUCAGGAUAGGGCAAUGUUAAGGCUCCAAGACUGCACAUCCGCUGAGUUUCUUUAGCCACUGUAGGUAGACGUUGCUGUGGGAUGUUGCCUUCUCAAGCCAUUAAAAUGCAGCGUUUUUUCAGAUAACCGUAGCGUCCUUACUACAGCAAAUAAAAGUGUUAUUUAAUUCUUGGCUGGAAUCAUGUCCAUAAACAAACUGAGCAGGAAAUACCUGCACUGCCUCUGCCAUUGAAAUGAAAUUCCCAAGCCCAUUCUUCUAGCUCCUAGCCCAAAGGUCAUAGAAGUUUAAAGGGCAAGUGUGUAGGAAGCCCACCAUGUAUUUAGGGAGGGUCCCAGUAGGGGUCCUUAGUGAGAUCUGCAUUUGAAGCAGGACUAAUCUCCCUGUUUCAUCAUUGCAUCCAAUGACAAAGUUGCUCAAAAUGCACCGUGAAGUUUCUCACGGCUCAUAAAAAGGCAUCUAACAGCAGGCAAAUAGGAAACUGCCACCUUGAUUGUCUGGUAUGCAGGCAGACUCUUGUCAGUACCACAUUUUCUGAAUGUGUGAAUGCAAAAGAGAUUCAAACUCAUUGGGUACAUCUACCCUACCCGCCGGAUCGGUGGGCAGUGAUCGAUCAGGGAUUG